UUGAUCUUCAAACCAUCAUCUUUUUCUUUCUUAUCAAUGAACUUCUGUAUCUGAUUUACUAUAACAUAGCAGCAAAUUCUAGCUAUAAAUCAUGUUUGAGCUUGAAAACUUCAAGUUGUUAUACCCAUUGUUACUAAUCAUCCCAUUUCUUUUCUUAUACUUCAUCAAGUUUUCAUCCUCUCAAACAAAAAGAACUUGCCAAUCUACAAGCUUUGAGUUCCCCAAAGCUUACCCUCUAAUUGGCCAUUUGCUAGCAGUCUUGAAGCACAAGAACGAGAGAUUACGAUGGCUCACGAGUCUCGUACACAACUCCCCUACCUUCACCUUUGUCAUCCACCGGCUAUUGGGACAAAAGAGCAUCUUGACGGGCAAUCCAGCCAAUGUGCAGCACAUCCUAAAGACGCAGUUUCCAUUAUACGAAAAAGGCCCUCUCUUUAAGACCAUUCUUCAAGACCUCUUAGGAGAUGGCAUAUUCAAUGUUGAUGGUGAGAUGUGGAAGUUUCAGAGGCAGAUUGCUAGCCAUGAAUUCAGCACCAAAUCUUUACGAAACUUUGUCGAGACUGUCGUUGAUACCGAGCUUUCAGAUAGGUUGAUCCCAAUCCUGUCUGAUGCUGCUAAGAAUAAGACAGUACUUGAUCUUCAGGACAUACUUCAGAGGUUUGCAUUUGACAAUAUUUGCAAGAUUGCUUUUGGGUAUGACCCAGAAUACUUGUCACCCUCUUUACCACACUCUAAAUUUGCUGCUGCUUUUGAGGAUGCUGUGAUGAUUAGUACUCAGAGAUUCAGAACAUUUUUCCCUAUUAUAUGGAAAAUCAGAAGAUUUCUGAACAUCGGAUCAGAAAAGAAGCUUAAAGAAGCAGUUUCAGAGAUAAGAAACUUUGCUAAAUCCCUUGUUAGUCAGAAAAAACAAGGAAUGUUGAAGAAUUUGGAGGGUUUUCACUCAUCAGAAUCAGAGGAUUUACUGUCAAGGUUUCUAAAAUCAGGCCACUCUGACGAGAACUUUGUCACUGACAUUGUUAUCAGUUUUAUACUCGCUGGCCGAGACUCAACAUCGUCUGCUCUAACAUGGUUUUACUGGCUCCUAUAUAAGAAACAUGUAGAAGAGGAAAUCACAAAAAUCAACAAAAACAGAGGAAAACAGAGCAAUAAAACAGAGCAUUCCUCUGUUUUAGAAGAAGUUAAAGACAUGGUUUAUAUUCAUGCUGCAUUGUAUGAGAGCAUGAGGCUAUACCCACCCGUCCCAAUAGACACCAAGCAGGCUAACGCCAACGAUGUAUUACCCGAUGGCACGCGAGUGGAAAAGGGUUCUUGGGUAACAUAUCACCCUUAUGCUAUGGGAAGAAUGAAAAGUAUAUGGGGGAUUGAUUGGGCUGAAUAUAGGCCAGAGAGGUGGCUAGAAGUUGGUACAGGGGAAGUGAAGUGGAAGUUUGUGCCUAAGGAUCCUUAUUCGUACCCAGUUUUUCAAGCUGGGCCUCGUGUUUGUCUUGGUAAGGACAUGGCAUUCUUGCAAAUGAAGAGAGUGGUGGCUGGCAUCUUGGAGAGGUUUCGGGUUGUUCCGGUGGUAGACGAUGGAUUUGAGCCUGUUUACAUUCCUAAUCUGACUGCCAAGAUGCAAGGUGGUUUGCAAGUGAGGUUUGAAGAGAGGGUAGAAAUAGAAUGAAUGAAUGAUCCAACUCCAUGUUCUUUUGAAUUAUUUACCCGCCUCUUAUUGUAUUUUUCUUAUGUUUCUUCGGAAAAUGUCAUAUAAAUGAAUGGUUUGUUAAGUUAAUGAAGUAUAAUAUAUAUUGAGUUUGAAUGUUGGUAA